AUGGAGGCUUUUUAAUUAAAAUUAUAACGAAUGAAAAAUUACAAAUAACAACUAUAAUACUUAUUGUAAAAACCUAUUGCAAGUCCUCAAUUCCGAUAAAUAUUUCUUGAAUGUGACCAAUAUCAAAUGAUAGUUUAAGUGCUAAUUGAAGCCAAAUCGGAUAAAAUUAGCGUAGUUAAAGAACAAUUGAAAUUGUUUGGACUAUUGGCUGAAUGUGCGAAUGAAAACUUGAGCCCUCAAUUACCAAUGAUAUUCACUCAUCUAUUGAAGAGAAUCAAGGAUUUCGAAUCAAUGAGUUGUGUUUGCACACAAGUGGCUGAAAUUGUAGGAAAAAUAGUUAAACAUUGUUGUUUCGAUGGAGAUGUAUUAAAUAGCAUUUUGAAACCACUCAUGAAUCAUUUGAAUUAGAAUGCUUAACAUGCUCUCUGUUUGACCAGAGUAGUCUAAUUUUUGUCUUAUGAAAUCUUAGAACAAAAUGCUUUGUUCCUAUUUAGGAAAUUCAUCUCAUUAUUGAAUCAACAAAAUGGAAAAGUAGAGAUCCUAGAAGGAAUGGCUGCAAUCAUCUUAAGUGUUGAGGAAUAAUCAGAGUAUGAAAAUUCAUUUUAUCCUAGUAUCUUUGCUGAUGAAAUCAUUCCCCAUUUAUAAUUUUUGCUGUCAAAUCAAUAGUGGCAAGUGAAGAAAAUGGCUCUAGACAUAUUGUACUCUCUUGUGGUCUUGUAAAAAGAGAAAAUGCAAGACCAUUCCUAUUUUAAGGAAUUAAUGUAUGAAUUAAAAUCAAAUAAGGUAAUUAUUUUAAUUGAAUUAUUAGAUAAAACAAGUAAGAGAUUCGGCGAGCUUAAUAUUGGAUGUAUUACAAUAGAAUAAUUAAAUAUAAUCGAAUAAUUCUUAAUAACAAUCAUCCCAAACCUAAUUAGAUAAGUAAGUUACAUCGGUUGAAAGAUAAACCAACUAUGGAGGUUAAAUUAAAUCUUAAUCUCAACCUUAAUUAUUAAUUAAUACCACAAAUAAGUAAUCCCACUCCAAUAAUGCUUUACCUCCAUAACCGCAAACUCCUUCUCAAUAAUAAAUGAAUCGAUUAUCCCAAACACCUGCUUAAACUAGCAAAGCUAACACAGAUGAAAAACUUCAAUUGGCAGUUGAGGCAAUAUAGUUGUUGAGUGGGAUAUUGAAGUCUAAAGGAAUUUGUGAUUCAGCAGAAACCUAAUAAAUAGAUUCCAUAUUGAAUAGAUUGAAUGAGAGAGAAAGUUACAAACAACCUGCAAUGAAAUUUUCUCAGUUUAAUGAUACUGAGACCUUUAUUAGUAAGGAGGCAGCAGAAAUUUUGAGAGAAUUCAAGGAGAAAUAGAGAUCAGAUUAUCUAAGAUGAUUUAAUUUUAUAA